CCGGUUAGGCGGCAGAGUUUGUUUACGUUGCUCUCAGAUCUAGUGGAUGGUUUCUUUGUAUUCUUCUCCAAGAUGGGGAAAUCCUUCGCCAAUUUCAUGUGCAAGAAGGACUUUCAUCCCGCCUCCAAAUCCAAUAUCAAAAAAGUAUGGAUGGCAGAACAGAAAAUAUCAUAUGAUAAGAAGAAGCAAGAAGAAUUAAUGCAGCAAUAUCUUAAAGAACAAGAAUCAUAUGAUAACAGAUUGCUUAUGGGAGAUGAACGUGUAAAGAAUGGCCUUAACUUCAUGUAUGAGGCCCCACCAGGAGCUAAAAAAGAAAACAAAGAGAAAGAAGAAACAGAAGGAGAGACUGAAUACAAAUUUGAAUGGCAGAAAGGAGCCCCACGAGAAAAAUAUGCCAAAGAUGACAUGAACAUCCGAGAUCAGCCCUUUGGUAUUCAGGUUCGAAAUGUGAGGUGCAUUAAGUGUCACAAAUGGGGUCAUGUCAACACAGACCGAGAAUGUCCUUUGUUUGGUCUUUCUGGAAUCAAUGCAAGUUCAGUUCCUACUGAUGGCUCAGGGCCAUCGAUGCACCCCUCGGAGCUAAUAGCGGAGAUGAGAAACAGUGGGUUUGCACUGAAACGAAAUGUACUGGGGAGAAACUUGACCGCAAAUGAUCCAUCACAGGAAUAUGUUGCAAGUGAGGGUGAAGAAGAUCCAGAAGUCGAAUUUUUAAAGUCACUAACAACCAAACAAAAACAGAAACUUCUCAGGAAAUUGGAUCGACUUGAGAAGAAAAAAAAGAAAAAGAAAAAAGAUAGAAAAAGGAAAAAGCUUCAGAAGAGCAGAAGUAAACACAAGAAACAUAAAAAAUCCUCCUCUUCCUCUUCCUCCUCUUCCUCUUCCUCCUCUUCCUGUAGUGAGACUUCAGAAAGCAGCAGUGAGAGUGAUAACAAAGAAAAAAAAAAUCAAAAGAAAAGAAAGAAAAACAAAUGUUCAAGGAAUAAAAGCAGUGAUAUAGAAGAAAAGGACAAGCCAAGGAAGAGAAAACUUUAUGAAGAACUUUCUAGCAAUCACUAUGACAAGGAAAAAGCCAAGGAAGAGCCUAGAUUUUUAAAACAAGAGAGUUCUAGGGAGACUAGCAGAUGGAGUCAUUCUGAUUUUGACAGAAAGUCCAGAAGCCAUAACCACAGCCCAGAGAAGAGAGGAUCUGAAAGAAAUGAGAGGAGCAGCAGGAACCAGAACAGAGAUGAGAGGAGCAGGAGAAGCCGGAGCAGAGAUGAGAGGAGCAGGAGAAGCCGGAGCAGAAGUCACAGUAGUUACAAGCAAAGGGAAAUAAGAAAACGGCCACAGCGAAGUCCCAGUGAAGAGUGGAAUAGAAGAGAUGACACCAGAAGCCAUGGCACAGAAAAGGAGAAAUGCAGAGAGAAUAAAGCAGAAGUAGAGAGUAAAGAGAGACUGCAUGUGACAGUUACCUGGGAAUAAAAAUAUCUCCACUUCCUUAUUGAAUACCUUUAGCAAGGGCUAAUAUGCACUGUUGUCUUCCUAAUAAAAAAAGCUCUAUUUUAAUUCUCCAUCUCAAUGAACUGUCAUAUCAAGUACAAAACUACAUGAGUCUCAUAAGAAUGAAUUUUGCAAAUAUUUGUAAGUAAUCUAUUUUGGAGCUAUAAAAAUAUUUUCUGUUGAUAAGUGUUUCUUGUGCCCUCUAUACCAGAUAAAAACCCCAUAUAACUCUGUGACAUUUUCUUUGUUCUGAAACAUCAUUAAAAGAAUGAUAGUACAAUUGAA